UGGCACUCCCUCUCUCCUGUGCCAUUCAGCGUUCCUUUUCACUCAAAGAGACAACCAGGCAGAAAUAUCAGCGGAUGGGGAAAGAUAAGAGCAUUCGCAGCAAGGGCAGCAAGAAGGGCCAAGCCCAGGACAGCGUGCCAGAGGAUGUGCCAAGCUCGCUUGUGGCCUCACCGAUCCCACGGCAACCCAAGGACUUGCAUCCAUGGCUGUCUGUCCCUGCAUACAAGGAGCUGAUCCCACGCUGCCAGCACCUGGAGAAGCGCGUGUUCCCAAAGUCCGAGGCUAUGGAUCUGGCCAGCGAGCUGAAAAAACCCAACCAGUUCCUGUUUGUUGUCUUGCGGCGCACCAAUGCUGGCAACAUUGAGCUGCUAGCCUACGGCGUCCUUGCUCUGUCGCGAAUUGACCGCACCGCACGGAUCUCAAAAAUCUGUACGGACCCGGCAUUCAGGCGGCAGGGUGCAGGCAGGCUGGUUGUCCGCAGCAUGCUGGGUGCGCUGGGCGCAUGUGACGUGGAGAGUGCAGAGGGGCACAAUUGCCCAACAAUCCCGCUGUCAAAGUACGUGUUCCUGCCAACCACCAUGGAGAUAUGUGCGGUGCAGCUCCAUGUGGACAAGGCACGGUGCGGAUUUGGCGUCAAGACGGUGGUGCCCAACUAUUACGCCGAGGGCCGCGAUGCCCUGCUGAUGACAAGAGGCAUUGAUUGUAUGUAAUUGUUAAACAAGACGCUAGAACAGCUUUUUGCGCUCGGACUCCGCCUUGACAUAAGCGACGACAUCUACCACAAGAAUAAACGAGUGGCCAAUAGCAGCGAGUUUUCUAGUACAUGCAAUACAGCCCAUGUUCACCACCCCCAUGCUCAAGACACCCCUCGCCAACCCACCCUUACCUCUGAUAUCGCUGUCUCGCUGGAACCCUUGAAACACCAUUUUAUUCCCCGGAAUGUACCGCUUGGGCGAGCGCAGAAACUCCGCCAUGGUAUCUUCAGACCACAGGACUUUGGAGCUUUUCAUCGCCGGCGUGUACGCAUAGCCCUCCACCGUGCCAGCCUUUUGCCAAACACCUGCCAGAGCGACGGCCCCGACUUGUUGCAUCCAGGCGUCACUGUGUGGCAGAGCCCGCAGCGCGUACGGAACAGCCGUGCUCCUUUUGCCAUAUUGAUCUCUGAUCCAUCGGCUGCUGGCG